UUUAUGCGCGCUUGCCUGGCCAAACUAAAUGACGUCACGCCGAUGCCUGUAAAAACCUGGUGGAUCCGAACGCAGGCUGAAGCCAGGGCUAAGCUGUGCGCGGAAGGAACGUUUCCCAGAGGCACGAAAUAAUCAGAACCAGGCUCACACAGAAACACACGUCCUCCAUGGUUGUCUACACGGCUUGUAGACUGUCUUAAAUGCAAUGGAACGGAGGGGACCCUCGAGCGGGCUCUGUGUUUUCUCAGCGUUUUAUUUAAUGCCUUGUUCCGUCUGGAUUUGCAGCGCUCUCAUCAGCCUCAGCUCGCUCCAGUGGACAGCGGUGGCCAAAGACCUACCCCAGUGCAAAGAGACGGACUACUAUUUCGAGUACACGGAAUGUGACAGCACUGGGUCGCGGUGGCGAGUGGCCAUCCCCCGCUACCUGGGCAUGUGCACGGGCCUGCCGGACCCCGUCAGCGGCACCGACUGCACCUUCUCCUGCGAGGCGGGCGAGUUCCUGGAGAUGUCUGCUCAGCAGUGCACGCAGUGCGCAGCCGGCACCUACAGCCUGGGGAGCGGCGUCCGCUUCGACGAGUGGGACGACAUCCCCGCCGGCUUCACCAGCCUGGCCACCUACAUGGACAGCGGCCCCGGCGGGGACGACAGCCUCACCUGCAACAACUCCACGUGGGUGCCUCAGGGAAACUACCUCGAGUCGAAUCGGGACGAGUGCACCGUGUCGCUGAUAUACGCCGUCCACCUUAAGAAGCCAGGCUCCAUUUCUUUCGUCUACCAGUAUGUCGACAACAACAUCUUCUUCGAGUUCUUCAUUCAGAAUGACCAGUGUCAGGAGAUGGAUCAAACGUCAGACGAAAAGUGGAUCAAGCUGACCAGUAACGGAGAGUGGGGUACUCACACUGUUGAUUUGAAGUCUGGAACCAACAUUCUGUACUGGAGGACAACUGGAAUUUUGCUUGGUUCUAAAAUUGUCAAACCAGUGCUGCUGAAAAGUAUUCAGAUUGAAGGUGUGGCCUACACCUCCGAGUGCUUCCCGUGCAAGCCAGGGACCUUCAGCAAAAUCCCGGGCUCCUCCUCCUGCGAGCUGUGUCCCAGGAACACCUACGCCAGCAAGGGGGCCAGCUCUUGCACACCCUGCGACAAGGAGAAGGAGUACUCGCCUGAAGGGGCGGCAGAAUGCAAGGAGAAGCCAGCGUGCUCCAAGAAAGACUACUUUCAGAUCCACACGCCCUGUGACAGCGAGGGGAAGACGCAGAUCAUCUACAAGUGGAUCGAGCCGAAGAUCUGCAUGGAGAAUGUGACGGGGGCAGUGACGCUGCCCCCCUCAGGCGAGCGGGAGCCGUGCCCUCCCUGCAACCCGGGCUUCCACAACGAUGACGCCGCCACCUGCUCGCCCUGCCCGCCCGGCACCUACUCCGACGGCGUCAAGGCCUGCCAGCCUUGCCCGGCAGGCACGGAGCCGGCGCUGGGCUACGAGUACAAGUGGUGGAACGUGCUGCCCGCCAACAUGAAGACCUCCUGCUUCAACGUGGGCAACUCCAAGUGCGACGGCAUGAAUGGCUGGGAGGUGGCUGGAGACCACAUCCGCAGCGGAGCUGGGGGCUCGGACAAUGACUAUCUCAUCCUCAACCUCCGCAUACCUGGAUUCAGGCUUCCAACGUCUGUGUCCGGGACGACGGGCAGCGAGUUUGGCCGAAUCACCUUCGUCUUCGAGACCAUCUGCUCGGCCGACUGCGAGCUCUACUUCAUGAUGGACGUGAACAGGAAGAGCACCAACGUGGUGGAGUCCUGGGAGGGGAGCAAGGAGAGGCAGGCCUACACCCACAUCAUGACGAAGAACGCCUCCGUCUCCUACACCUGGGCUUUCCAGAGGACCAACCAGGCCCAGGAUGUCCGGCAGUACGUCAACGACAUCGUGAAGAUCUACUCCAUCACGGUGACCAACGCACAGGACGGGGUGGCGUCCUCGUGCCACGCCUGCGCCCUGGUGUCCCAGCGGUCCGGCUCCUCCUGCGUCCCCUGCCCCGCCGGACACUACAUCGACAAGGACACCAACCAGUGCAUGGAGUGCCCGCCCGACACCUACCUCUCCGGGCACCAGAUCUACGGCAAGGAAUCCUGUCUGCCCUGCGGGCCCGGCAGCAGGAGCAACAAGGACCACUCCGCCUGUUUCAGCGACUGCACCUUCUCCCACACGGUGCAGAACCGGACCCUGACGUACGACUUCAGCGAGCUGGGCCCCGAGGGCUCCAUCAUGAACGGGCCCAGCUUCACCUCCAAGGGCACCAAGUACUUCCACUUCUUCAACAUCAGCCUGUGUGGACAUGAGGGCAAGAGGGCGGCCGUGUGCACAGACAACGUGACCGAUCUCUCCAGCAAGGACCUCCAGAGCGACUCGGCCGAGCUCGUCAACUACGUGGAGACCUUCGUCUGCCAGUCCACCAUCAUCCCGUCGGACGGGCGGGGCUUCCGCACGGCCCUCUCCUCCCAGUCCAUCAGCCUGGCGGACACCUUCCUGGGGGUGACGGUGGAGAGCUCCCUUGGGGGGAUCAGCGUGAGGCCCGACCUGUUCCCCAAGACAUCAAAGAAAGUGCCCGACAUCAACUUCUUCUACCGGUCCCCCCAGGCGACCUCGUCAUGUGACAAGGGCCGAAACGCGGUCAUCACGCUGCGGUGCAACCCUGAGAAACCCGGGCGAGGAGAGCUGGGCGUGUCCAGCAAAUGCCCUGCGGGGACCUGCGACGGCUGUACCUUCAACUUCCUGUGGGAGAGCGCAAACGCCUGCCCGCGCUGCACGGAGGCAGACUACCACGAGAUCGAGGGGGCCUGCAAGGGCGGGGUUCAGGACACCCUGUAUGUGUGGACCGAGCCGAAGCUGUGCACUAAAGGACUCUCCCUCCCGGGGAAGAAGACCUCACCCUGCGAGGCCAUCGACUUCUGGCUGAAGGUGGGCGCCGGGAUCGGGGCCUUCGGUGCCGUGCUGCUGGUGGCCCUCACCUGCUACUUCUGGAAGAAGAACAAGAAGCUGGAGUACAAGUACUCGCGGCUGGUGAUGACGGCCAACAAGGAGUGCGAGCUGCCGGCGGCGGACAGCUGCGCCAUCAUGGAGGGGGAGGACAACGAGGACGAGGUGGUGUACUCCAGCAAGCCGUCCCUGCUGGGGAAGCUCAAGUCCAUCGCCACCAAGGGCAACGGGGAGAGCUGCGAGUCCGUCCAGAUGAAGUCCUCCAAGCCGGAGCGCUGGGUGUGGGGGUAAAGAAGGAGGCGGCGGAAAGUGGGGAGGGGGGGAGUGGAACGAUGUUUCGGGAGGAUGGAGAGGACCGGAAGAGAGACCACACAGUGGCCCCGCCGCCGAGGUUUGUGAACGGCCUGCCCAAGGGGAGCCUGUGGAGACGACAGUACCCGGAUGGCCUUACACAGAGGGGCAAAGAUCUCGCCAAAGGGGAUAUCCGGGAGUGAGACUGACUGUAAGGGGGUGGGGUGGGGUGGGUUAACGCUCAGGUAGAGGUGCACACCUUAUGUAUGUAAGUUUUGGAUUUUGCCUACAGUAUGUGCACCCUGGUUGCUUUCGUUUGGCUGUUUUUUUCAGUUUGGACAGUGUGUAAGGGCCGUUCACAGUGUACCUUUGGGCCCCGCCCAUUACAUCUGUGAGACCCAAUCAAAGAUAGCGUCUAAGCCCUCUGGUUGGUUGGGAUUGGUCUGGUAGAGGAAUGGGUUGGGAGUGCACGGAGAAACAUAGCCCCACCUGGCUGCAGUGUGGCCACGCCCAAGUGCAUUGUGGGACCUGUGAUUUUGUCAUUCGACCGCAGGUGACACAUUUGAGGCAGGGGGGAGACGGAGGAAAGGGGUGCUUUUUAAACGUGUGACGUUUUCAUAGUAAUUACUCAUAAGAGCCAUACCCAAGUCAGUGCCAACACCAACCUGGGAAAGGGAUGAAUAAUAUUGAGUUAGCUGCUGUGACGAGGGCAUGUGGUCUUGUUCUGAUUCCGCAUAAUCUGUUUUGUGUUUUGUGUGUGUUGAUUUUUUUGAUUCACACUGU